AACCAGCGGCAACAUUUCCAGAAAUGGCGAGGGGCCAUCGCCGCAAGGUUUUCUUUAUAAUCCCCUCUUCCCUGUUCCAUUCCCCAUCCAUUUUAAAAUCAAGAGUUUUUCAGAGUACGGUUAAGAUAAUCAUACCAUGGCAGCCACAUCAUCUUCCCUGGCAGCACCGUCCUCUACUGUUGAGACUUGCCCCAUUUGUUGGGAUGAACUUUCUACCAUCUGUGGAAGAACCCUGGUAACCCUCCAAUGCUCUCACAAGUUCCACCUCGACUGCAUUGGUUCGACCUUUAAUUCUUUUGGUGAAAUGCGAUGCCCCUUAUGUCGAGCCACUGAAAAUGGCACUUGGGUUAUCCCUCAAGAAAGAGCAGAUCAAGCAGCUUCCGAGCCUGAGGAAGAUGAUUCUGACGCUGAUGAAUUUGAAUUCGAUGAAUGGGAUCUGUUUCCUGUUCAAGAAGGGUUGAUGGAACCAACAAGAGCCCUGAUUUAUCAAGCGCUUUCACGACCUGCUGUCUUGGCUAUUGAGGAUGGAACAGUUUAUCAUCAGGUCUCUGCUUUUGAUAUCAUCCAUCGAUUAAAUUGUGAAUGGAAUCAACCACCGCUGCAGGCAUUCAAUUCAAUGUUCAAUUAUUUCGCAACUGCAAAUAAUACGACCAGAGUUGUAUCUUCAACCCCGAGAUCAUCUUCUGGCCUUUCUGAGCGCAAUGUGGAUAUUGAUUCAUUUAUUGAGCCGGUUAUUCUUGAGCAUGGUCGCAGCAAUGGGCCUACACAUUACAAUUUUAGCUGGAUGUGCCCGCCUAACAAUUCACCAUCUCCAGGCGUGCGUGCAAUGAUGUCUAGCCAGAGUGAAUCGAAUGGCUUACCUGGGAGGGUUCCUUCCGGUAAUGCAGAACUGCAAUCUGAGCAAGCUCAGUUUAACGUGCCUCUGAAUGCUCCAGCCAAUAGGCAGCACCAAGAGUUGCCUUUGAUUGUUCCAAGUGAAACCAAUAACGUUUCACCUUCAGAGAAUUCCCCGGAUAACAUUGACCCUCCUCUGAAAGAGUAAGAUUUCUGCCAUUUUUGACUUCAAUGGAGAUCGGUCUUUUGUGAGGGGAAUGUAUGUUGGGGAUUGUAAGAGAUAGCAUCUUCUCUACAAUCCUUGGACCCAUAUUUUCCUGCUUUGACCUCUUGCUGACGCUCAUAAACACCAUCUACAUUGGCUGAAGCUGCCUGAGAAAAUGUUAAUGAAGCAUCCUUAUUACUUGGUGCCAAUGUAUUUACAACCUCAUCUUUUUUAGCAUUCCCGCCUCUGGAUAGACUUU